AAUACUUUCAAUUGAAUUGCGGUGAGUUUUAAAGUAGCAUUUUUCUUUCCUUUGGUAAGUUUCUCAACAAUUUACAUGGAGACUCUUUCCGCAGACUUUGUGAGUAAGAUAUGUUUUGGUCUUCGUAUACUUAACUAGGAAUUAUAAAAUAGGACCAACUCAACACACUUAUUAUCCAACCUUUGAAACCAAAGAAGACAAAUAAAAGCUUCAUAGAAAUUUUGUUUAUGGUAUUCCACACACAUAAAUUUAGAUCAAUAUGGAGGAUUCGUCUCUUCUUAGCCCAAUCUCUCUCCUCACCAUUGUCAUCUUCUUAUUCAUUCUCAAUCUCAUGAUGAUAAUUCAAGACUUCUCUUCUUCUUUUCCCUUUCGUUUCCAUCUCUUCUUCUCUAAUGCCUACAUUCUCUUCACCUCAAUAAGAAACAAUAAGCAAAAUACCGAGCUCCCAAUCAUAAAGAAAGUUGUUGUCCCAAAUCGAGCAGAUAUCAAAACGUCCGUGGAAGAAGUCAAGGCGAUAAUCGAUGACUCGGAAGCUUUAUACGAAUGUUUGAUUGAAGAAGGAGAAGAGUACUUGCUUGAGAAGAAUGAGAUGAUGGGUAAGGAGAUAGUUAAAGAGGCGUUUAGGUUAUUUGAUGAGAAUCAGGAUGGGUUUAUAGAUGAAAAUGAGUUAAAACAUGUGUUGAGUUUGUUAGGAUACGAUGAGUGUACAAAGAUGGAGUGUAGGAAGAUGGUUAAGGUUUAUGAUGAGAAUAGAGAUGGAAAAAUUGAUUUUUAUGAGUUUGUGAAGCUUAUAGAGAAGAGCUUUUCGUGAAGUAGAUUGGAAUAAUAAUAAUAGUUAUGUUGUUGGCUAAUUAUACGACUUGUCUAAUAUAUUUCUUCUUCUUUAGUGGGUCGUCCUCUAAUGAACUUUAUUUUCCUCUGACAAACUUAUUUACGUUGAUAUAUUCAUGCUUCUCUGAAUUUCCAAGAAAGUGAUAAUAUAUGACAACGUAAACUUAAAUUUGUGAUGAAUUUUGCAUGGUGAUUUCCAGUUAGGUUUGGAUAUCGUCUUUAUCUAUAAUAUUGAAGGGAAAAAAGUAU